AUGGCGGGUCCGUGGUGGAGGCAGUGCCGCAGGUGGAGUACGAACGUUACGAGCACGGGCUUAUUUGAAACCCUGUGGCAGUACAACGUCAGGUCCGUGUCCGUGUCCGCGUCCUCUCUGGGGCGGACGUCCUGGAGCUCCAGGCCGGGGAACGAGUGGCGGCCAUCAGCACUACCAACACAGAAAAAGCUGCAAACUUUAAACUUAACCUCAACUAUCACCAGACACCGGUCACGGUUCCUCGAUCCCACACUACAGUCUUGCUGCUGCAGAACGAUACACAGCGAUGCCAAACCCAAGGACCCGUUCAUGUUAGCCCAGAAAGAUUUAAAAAGUUUAUACGACGACAUCAGGAAGGAGCUUUUUGUAUCUAAAGAGCUGAAACAUCUAUGUGACUACUACUUCGAUGGCAAAGGCAAAGCCAUCCGACCCAUGAUAGUCGUCCUGAUGGCCCGGGCGCUCAACAUCCACAGCAACAGAUCUGGGGAUUUGCUCCCGGGGCAGAGGACCAUAGCUAUGAUCUCAGAGAUGAUCCACACUGCCAGCUUGGUGCACGACGACGUUAUAGACGGAUCAGACAAACGGAGGGGGAAGAGAACCAUCAAUGAAAUUUGGGGUGAAAGAAAGGCGAUCCUGGCUGGAGAUUUUAUCCUCUCGGCGGCGUCCAUGGCCUUGGCUCGUAUUGGUAACAUAACGGUGGUAAAGGUGCUCUCCCAGACUAUCGAGGACCUGGUGCGAGGUGAAUUCAUGCAGCUGGGCUCCAAAGAGGACGAGAACGAGAGGUUCAAACACUACCUCGAGAAAACCUUCAAGAAGACAGCAAGUCUUAUUGCAAACAGUUGUAAAGCAGUAUCCAUUCUGGUGAAUUCUGAUCCGGAAGUUCAUGAAAUAGCCUUCCAGUACGGGAAGAAUGUUGGCAUCGCAUUUCAGUUGGUGGAUGAUGUCUUAGACUUCACGUCGGGGGCCAGUCAGCUGGGGAAGCCCUGCGCCGCAGAUCUCAAACUGGGGUUGGCCACCGGACCGGUCCUGUUUGCCUGUCAGCAGUUUCCUGAGCUCCAUGCAAUGAUCAUGAGACGCUUCACCUUCAAAGGAGACGUAGAUAAAGCCUGGCAGUACGUCCUUCAGAGCGAUGGAGUGCAACAGACCACCUUCCUGGCCCAGCGCUACUGUCAAGAAGCCAUCAGGCAGCUCAGCAUGCUGCGGCCGUCGGCAGAGAGGGACGCCCUCAUCAGGCUCACUGAGAUGGUGCUUACUAGGGACAAGUGA